GAUGCUGUGAGCGCCCUCUGUCACUGGAAGCAGUGGCACUCGGCGAUGGGGAAAAUGUAUUUCUGUAUUUACGUUGGUGGACAUUGAAGUGUUGUUCAUCUGUUCAUGCAUCGCGUCUUUAUAUUUGUUCACUUUUCAACGGAAUUAUCCACACAGGGCAAAACAAAACUUGAAGAUUUUCAAGGCGUGCUACGCAUCACAAACAUUUAUAACCUGAUUUCGCUGUGCUUUCGCAGUACAAAAUAAACAUUAUUUCACAUCACUUUGGUCUGAGAGGAGUAACAGAUAGUUUCUUUAUCGUUCAGUUUUAAUGAUCUCAUGCACUUUACGUCUUUGGAGAUGUGAAGAAUGGGAUGAAGGUGAACGGCAUGGGAUCGAGUCUCUUCUGACAGCGUGACACAACGUACGCUAACAUCAGCAUUCUUGCACUAACAUCUCCAUCAAUUAGAUCUGCUGUCAAUGUCAGCCACAUUCGUUCCAUCUUAGUUCCAUCUUAGUACCAUAUGUGUUCCAUCUUAGUACCAUAUGUGUUCCAUCUUAGUUCCAUCACUACCUUAAUGGAUUUGUCUCUCGUUUUGUCAACUCGCGAAGAAACUGUUGGAAAAAACCUGAAAGAGGACCCAAAGAAACACUGAUAAUUACAAAACCAAUAAUCUGAACAUUUCAAGACCCACAGUGAAAUAUGCUGACACAUUUUUCUAAGGCCGUGAAGCGAGUGUCUUAACCAUAUACUCGUUUCGUUCAGACCUUCUUCCCGCCUUCUGACAACCUUCUUACAGCUUGUAUUAUUAUACUACCAGUCUGUAUUUCAUUUUGGGAGGGUCAUACGGCCAUGGUGAAUGCCUUUUAUGACAACGUUGGAGAAGCCAGCUGUGGAGUCUUUACUCUGAGAUGAACAAUGGGAACUCUUCACAUGGAUAUAAUGACGCAAACAAGACGCUUAUCCAUUUCGGUGUGUAUGAUCUUUAUCUUGAUCUUCUUCUUGACGUGUAACGCUCAAAGAUUGGAUAAUACCAAAAACAUAAGCGGAUUACUUAAUGGAGCGGAUAAUUUUCAGAAAUUUUUCCUGUCACUGGCUCAGACUGUUACUGGUACUGGAAUAUUUGCAAACAUCUAUCAAAAUCAGGAUUCCGCCUGUAGGAAUAACAACCAGUUAGAGCGGCAUCCGAAGCAACAUGCCAAGAUGAGCGUGGUGGCCAGGACGUCACUGGACAUCAAGGUCCUGCUGAGUGACGUCAAGCGGAAAAUGGAAGAUCUCCUGGACGAGAAGAAGAAGGCAGUGAUGAGAUUGAAAGCAGCUGCUCAGAACUCCAUGAAGAAUUACGGAGCGUACACAAACACCAUUGACUUCAAUGAUGUAAAGUACUACAACGCCAAGAAAGUGGUGAUAGAGACGGACCUGGAGAACAUGGACAACGACACCAAGGACGCCAUCAAGGAGACCAUCAACUAUCUGCCCACGGAGCCGAUGUGGAGUUUCAAGAAGGAAGAGAUGCGGCCGAAGCUGAACGUCAACCUCAGCUCCAUCCACGUCCCUACCAACAUCUACGACAAAUCUGUCCACAUACUCAAUGGUGUGCAAUGGAGCUCCAAUCUAACUGACCAGUUUGUCAAGAACGCCCAGGCUGACCCGACCUUGACCUGGCAAUACUUCUGUAGCUCCGAUGGCUUCUUUAGAAUUUAUCCAGCCAUGCAGUGGCCCAGAGAGGCCGACAAAGUGGACACGUUUGAUUGUAGAAUACGAAAAUGGUACAUCCAGGCAGCGUCGUCACCCAAGCACAUCCUGAUACUUUUGGACUCUAGUGGGUCAAUGAAGGGUCUGAGGUUCGCCAUUGCCAGAAGUACGGUCAGCAAGAUAUUGGAGACGUUGAGUGACGAGGACUAUUUCAAUGUCAUUGCGUUCUCUGAGGAGGCCAGGUACGUGGACGAGUGCUUCAACGACACAUUGAUUCCUGCCAGUGUGGACAACAUCCGUCGUGUAGAGGAGAAGCUAGAACGUCUGGAGGCCUCCAACAACGCAUACUUUGAUAAAGCCUUGAGGAGAGGAUUUCAGUUGUUUAAAAAAGAACAUGUUGAGUAUCAAGACCAAUGUUUGUGUAACAAAGCCAUCAUGUUGGUUACAGAUGGAGCUCCGGAAAAUUUUGAUUCCAUUUUCGACGAAUACAACUGGCCAAAUAAAACUGUUCGAGUCUUCACAUUUCUUAUCGGUAAAGAAGUCCCAGACAACAGACAAACCAAAUGGAUGGCCUGUGCUAACAAAGGUCUGUUUACUCACAUCUCUACACGUGCAGAUGUUCAGGAAAACGUUCAGAAAUACAUCAAAGUGUUAAGUAAGCCCCUGGCUAUGUCUCGUUCCCCGCACCACGUCUGGAGCCCCGCCUACAUUGAUUACGUCACGGAGCAAAGUGACAUCAAAGUGCCCACUGGGAGACCUGAGAGUUUGCAUGUCGACUUUGACUCCGAGUAUGAAUAUGAGGGUCUAGGCCUGGUCAUGUCCAUUUCAAUGCCAGUCUACGACGAGAGAGACAAAGUUAGCGAGCUAGAAGAAGAUCCCAGGAAAAAUCUGUUGGGUGUUGUAGGCACAGAUGUGAGAAUCAAUGAAUUGAUGAAAUUUAUUCCAACGUAUCAGCUAGGAGUCAAUGGAUAUGCCUUUGCAAUCACCAACCAUGGAUAUGUGUUAUUUCAUCCAGACUACAGACCGUUUUACAAAGAAAAGGGUUCAGGACCCCAGCAAACAUUGAAGGUCAGGCCAAAGUACAACAGCGUGGAAUUAUCAGAAGUGGAGCUGCCUAACUUUUGGGGCACUGCAUGGAACAGAGACCACCCACUACGACGUUAUCUGUUGACCAGUAAGUCUGGAGGUGAAAACAUGACAGCGGUCACUAUACUCACACACAGUGAUGGUAUGACUCGGGCUAGAGAGAGAAAGAACCAAUACCAGUUUAUGGAGAUAGCCAAUACUUUCAGGCUGGUGUUUGUGUUACCAGAAGUCUAUGGCACUCAUUACAUCAAGUUAGAUAACUUCUCUUUAUACAAUCUAUUUGACAUUUACAAAAGAUUACAAAAUGAGGAAGACACCAGUAUUAUUACUUUAUCCAAGUGGAUCUACUGCCCAGAAGAGAAAACAAAAGCUUAUGUCCAACUUAAUGAAGAGUUGUUUUCAAAAUACUUGGAAGAAGGAACUUUAUAUGACAAAUGUGAUCGAGAGCAUAUGAAGAGACUGUUAGAAGACUUACACAUCACAGAAGAUUACUUGGCUGUUUGGAAGGGUGCUCAGUGUAUCACUCCACCUAAUGAAUUUUCUCCCUACCAUAAAUGCUGGAGCCAAUCAACAAGUAAAAAAGAUGAGAUGGACAAGGAACACUGCUUUUUCCAAGCACAUACCAACUAUGGUAUAGGAGGUAUUUGGAUUGGAACAAGUUCUGGACUGACAAGGAAAUAUCCCAUUGGGGGUGAAAAUGAGGACUGGCAUUUAACAAGCACUGAUACCAUUAAAAGUGCUUACUACAAAAUGGCAGUAGAUGGCUGGGAAGACGGAUACAGAUAUGUCUUUUCGAUUCCAGUGGUGACUUCACCAAAAGAUUUUAACCCUAAUACUACAUAUGUGACCAUCGCUAUGGCAGAGCUUGUGGGUCAGCCCAACAACAAGUCUGCCAUCAAGGUUCCAGCAGCAGUGGUGGCAUUCAGCAUGAAUUACAGUGCCUUCUAUAGCAACUUUGUUCGCUACACUUUCCAGUGUCCAGACUCCUCGUGUCUGUACACUUGCAAUGGAACAGAGCAUUUUACCUGUUAUCUGAUUGAUUCCAGUGGUUAUAUUGUGGCUACCAAUAAUGCAGAUAAAAAUGGAACUGGUGUAUUUCUCGGUCAACAAAAUUCAAAACUGAUGCGUACAUUGCUGUAUGACAAAAUAUUUAAACAUAUUCUGCUCACAGAUUAUCAAAGUAUUUGUGAUUCCAAGGGAGUCAAUCCUGAAAAUUCUUCCAAUUUUAUAAAAAAUCCUCUUAAGAUUUUAUCAAAAGUAUUUUUCUGGAUCAUUUCUGAAGUGAUUUUAUUUAUGUCUCAGAUGAACAUUUGGAAUCUAUUGAAAUCAGCCAAGGCCAUGGGAAGUAUAAAUUUGAAAGAUCUUGGCAAUGAGUGUGGUGCUCACAUUGAGGAGUCUUUUGCUAGGUUUGUCUUCUGUGAUGUGGCCAUUGAUGAAGACACUGGCCACGCCCAUGUCAUAGAUGAUGUAAUUACCAAAAGGGCGUGCGUGCAGAACAUUAACCGCUACACCCUCAACCUGAAAGAUGUUCUGAGUAAAACCCAGAAGCAAGUGAUUCCUAGUUGCCAGGCCCAGUGCGCUAGUCCUGAAAAUAAAUCGUAUAUCAUCAAAUGGCUCAAUGAGACUAACUUGCUGUUCGUUGUUCAUGACAGCAGCUGCAUUUGCAACAACAGCCAGGUUCCCAGUGAGGAAAGCAGCACCUCCUCCAGUUACAUCUCCAGUAGGUCCAGUGCUACGUCUGGAAGCACUCCUCCAGUUAUGUUCUAUUUUAACUCCAAGCCCAAAGAAGUGCUUUAUAUCGAGGAGACACAAUGUCAGAUACUCCGGAACUUCUCCAAUGAGUUGAAGAGAGUGGACAGCACUAGAGCUAGCGAUGUAUUUUGCCUAGAUGCAGCUAAUGAGACGGACACACCUUGUGGUCAGUCGUCUGCCAUGAGCAACUACCAGAUACUUCCUGCUAUCACGUUUGGCAUUGAGCUGACAGUAUUAUUGACAUUCACAGCUCUCUGCUGCCACUGACAUGACUAGGAAUAGGUUGUUACAACCGCCAUAUCAGUCAGGCGCCUUCUAAUGACAAACAAAUCUUGUUUGAAGAUUUUUUUUUCGAGAUCUUGUGACAGCUCCACUAGAUUCAACUUCUUGCCUUGAUAAAUGUGUUUCCAUUGUACAGAUUUGUAAACAUCUAAAUCACUUCAGCUGAGACAAUAUUUAAAGCUUAAUAAGGGAGUGACAGCCUGGAUGUCUGCUGUACGGAGUUCUUACUUUUGUUGUAAUCACCUGCUGGCGUAAUAACGCAAAGCUGUGGCGUAGAAAGGAAAUCUUUAUAUUACAUCAACGCCUUGUGAAGCCAUCAUUUAUAUCGCCUCCAGCUUUUAGGGCAGGUAGAACUAGACAUUUGAAAAUGUCAACGUGAAAAGAAGAAAAGAAAAGAAGAAAAGAACGCUUAAACUCUUCAGACUUAAAGUCUGAAAAAUCAAUAUGAAGUGCGAUUACAUUAUUGUGCUCAAAAAUCGAUGACGUCAUCACAAUACAUUUAGCUGUGCUGGUCACAUAAUGUUGUUUUGUUUUUAAAACUCUGAAGUUAUCACAUACAUACACACACACACACAAUUAUUACAAUUUUCAUGUGAGAUAUGUGUCAGUAUCUUUUUUUUUUUUUUUUUGAUGGCUUCAAAGAUAUUGCCUUUGUUUCAGCAAAGUACUGCCUUCUCUAGUGUCUUCGAUGCAUUCUUGUCAUGUUGUAUUGUUUCGACUAAUUUUACUUGAUUUUGUUUUUGUUGUUGUUUUUUUUUUCUUUCAUCCAAAAAUGUAUACUUGUUGUAUAGCAGUAGUUCUUAUCGUCUGAUUCUUGGACUUCCUGGGGGGAAAAGGGUACCAACUAGGUCAACUAAAAGUAAUCUUUUUAAUAUAGAGUUACUUAUAUAAAGAAGUGAAUAGUGAUAAACAUUGGAAAAUAGAAUGGGUUGCUUGAGUCAGCCAGGAAAACCAACGACUUAGCAGAGUUUAAGUCAUUGAUUAACAAGAAUGUUGACACAUGAAAUGCGUAGGAAGUAAUUAUCUUUUUUUAAGUAACGUCUGUAAUAUAUAAGAUAAAUAAAAAAGUUUACUUGGCAAUUAAAAUUUUGCGGAACAGUUAAAUAUUGUGAUAUUUUCACAAUCAAUCAAACAAUGCGGAAUUUAUUUAAACAGAAGACUAGUGUAGAGUGGUGCGUUUUUACUGAGACACCAAGUCCCAAAAUGAAGACAAAAGAUAGGAAAAUAUUUAAUACAAGUACAAAAAGAUGGACAAACGCUGUACUACUUAACUAUAUUUCCUAUUUUCUCUAUCCAGCUUUUUGCUGCUAAGUUGAAGCCUCCUUGCCAGUCUGUGUCAUGGUAGCGUGCCGUUCUUUUUUGUUGUUUCCCCUCUGCAGGGUGUUGGUAAUACUGAACCGUUGAGAUAAUCGGCUGUGUCUGAGGUGGACUAUGUCAAGCACAACCUAAUUGUCACGAUGCUUUCACUAGCCGCGAUGUGUGACGCUAUUAUUCCUUUGGAUACGUUCUCUUCCAUUUCAUGGGAAUACAAAAUGGUGCUCCAUACAGCUGCGGUUGGUACAGUAGUGGAUGUGUCUGUUUUACCACUGAGACCUUAAGUGUGAGCUAUGGUUGAAAUGGGAAACUAUAAAACGUCAUAGAGAAAAGCGUUGUUUGGAAGAUAACGCUUCUAUUCGGUACAAGCCAUCAUUUCCCAAGAUUUAUUGAGAAAGACAUCUGGAUUGCAAGGAUAUUAUAGUAUAUAAAUAUAGUCACUAAUAUUAUAUGAAUAUAUCUAUUUUCGCUAAACUAAAGAUAUUCUAGCAAAUUAAUCAUAACCAAUAUAAAACACAGUCUUUCUUUGUAUUCUUCUAAAGUGGUUUCCCCGACAAAAUUGUGAAAGUAACGUAACGCGGAAAAAAAAAUUUUUUUUUGAGUCAUUUUGCAAGAACUACUUUAGAUAUUGUAAAAUAUUAUUAAAGCCAAUAUUUUUUACUUUUCGCUGACAUUUAGUAGGAAGCACUCUUGAUAUCUUAAAAUAUAAAUUAUUAUGCAAGAAUUACAAUAAGCUAAAAUGAAUCAUUUCUAAAUAUAUCAUUUAUUUACAUUCCAAAAGAAACUCCUUCAGUGGCUUGUUUCCGUGCAAUGGCAAUAUAGCUGCAAGACGUCUGUUAAGUUGGAGGUACUUUGUCUUGCUUGCAGCUUUACUUCGUUCUCCAGCAUUGUACCUCAGAAUCUCGUUCUCAGUGUGUUCUCCUGUUCUCUGAGAGAUUAACUUGUAGACAUUUGGGUGAUGACCGCCAUAAAAAAAAGCUGAAAUUCAUGGUACCAUCCCUCCCUCUUCGAGGUAGAUUGUCCAGUACUCAAUCUCUAACAUUCCAUAAUUCUAUCUGAAAUCUUGGAGUCACUCGUCUCUGGUGAUCAAUAUAGUUGUCCUCCCAAUAGUCAUACAAAUUCCCUACAUCUGGCCGAGCAUCAUUUAGUUCUUCGAAGGAGUAUUAACAGAUAAGAAUAGUGAUUGCUAGCUUAACUAAUCCUGACCUAUCUAAGUUUACCAAUGUUGCGGCAAGUUACGCCCUGGUUUGAUUAAAGAGAGAUGCCGCAUAUAAUCAAGAUUUCUGAUUAUACGUAACACACAUAUGUAACACACACAUCAUCAUAUUCCUGCCCAGUACCUUCACUUAAUAAUAAAAUCCAGUACUUUAUACACAUCAUAUACAAGUCGCGCUAUUUUGUUGGGUCACCUUCUAAAGUAUAAGGAAUUUUCGGAACACUUGAAAUGAAGAUGCGUUAUCCUGAAUAUUCUAAUAUUCUCUAUAAAUAAGAUGGCAUGUUGAAAAUUUAGAAUGUUAUACAUUUUGAGAUUACAUUUUUUUUUGUUUUUCUCAACAAGCAGCGAAACGUUAAACCUGUAUAGAUGCAUAAUAAAAAGAAAUUAUUGUCCACUGGCUGUGUCUAAGUCAAUUUAAUAUUGUCAGAGUUGCAUAAUAUUAUAUAAUUGUUACGAAUCUCCCUAUCCAGGCUCGCAGCAGAUUGCACCAAACGACACCACCAACUUAAAGAACUUGACAACUCUGGGCUUGAAAAUAACGUAAUAGUUUAAUGUCAAUAAAUAACAGCCAAUACUGUACAAUUGGCAGCACGUAACACAAGACUGUACAAAUAUCUCUCCGCCGUAUAAAUUCUUGCACUGGUCUCUCUGUCUCGUCUCGGACUUGUACUGAGCCGUAGUAACGAACUGUAGAUCGGGAAGUUGUGACUCACUCGUUUCUGAUACCUUCGCUCUUUAUAUAGGGUCCCUGCUGGCCUUCUAGAACCGGACAGAACGUCGCUCGACCAUUCUGGGUGGUCAGAUGACUACAUCCCUCGUGACACUCCUGAGCACUGUUCACGAUGUCGAUCCUUCCCGAACCAUCAUGUUGAUACUCGUCUCGGCCGAUCGUCGUAACUCGUCACGGUUGACCGCUCGUCUAGCGCUGGCCUGGGGCGAUUUGCGUCGGCUGGCUACACACACACCACCACCCCCAUCUGUGCCACCACCAGGUUUAUAACAAUAUUAUACCUCUUUUCAUCACUCUGACUUAUUAUCUCUAUUCAUCUCUUUUCAUUCUCAUUUCAUCUCUCUAACUUUCUUGCUCUUUUAUCUGGCUCUCUUUCUCUCUUCAUAUCUCUCUCUUUCGUUAUCUAGUUAGCUAUCUUUUUGUUCUUCACCACGCAUGCGCAGUUUGUAAACAUUAAAUGAAAGAUAAACUUUUUUUUAUUCCAUCAUGUAAACAAUAUUUUACAUACAUGUGUGUGCCAGUGUUUUGUCUCAAGUGUAAGUGUUGUGACUGACACGUGUUUGUUUGCUUCACAAGACUGGAGUCAUCUGUACAUUGUACCUACUCAAUGGUUUAAAUCUUUGAGGGUCAAACCAUUUAGGCCAGUAGCAAUCCAUUCUUCUCAUUGUUUUAAUGUCCAUUAUUACUGCUUAAUAUCUUUGGAUGGUCCAUAAAGUUGAAAGCCUUAACACUAAGAGACCUAAUCCGAAGUUUUUAUUUUGUUUGCAUUUUUUUAAAUUGAAAAUCAUUCCAUUUGUGGGACUAAAGACAUUGAAAAAUAUGUUGCAUUUUUUCCUAUUUUGUAUUUCCUUGUGCACUUUGGCUUAAUUAAAGUACGUCCCAAGCCGGAUACAGUAUACAGCUUUCAUUUAAUGUAUAUUUGACCCAAGUUUCAAGUCUGUGGUAGAAACUAUUUAACAAAAGAAAAAUAUUAACCUUUUAGGAUUUUAAUAAAAAUAAAACAAAAUAAUAAUAAGGCUUGUCUUCUAGUCCGAAGAUUAUUAAUUAAGGAGUGCAGUAUUUCCCGUAGAUACACAGCCGCAGCUGUGACCUACAUAUUUUGCCACUAUACACAUAUAUGGUUAUUUGUUUUGUACUAAAAUUGGAUACUUUCUAUAUUUGUUUUGUAUGAUAAAUGCUAUUCAUUCAAAGUAGGCCUACUUAAAACUACUUUUGUGUUUAAUCUUAACGUUAUAAAGAUGUUUGAUUAUGCGAUAAUUCUACUUUAGAACGACGACAAUGGCUUUGUGGUUUUUUCGUAACCUUAACACUUAUGUUUGACUAUUUCUCCUGUAAGUUUUUUGUGUUGUCCACAUUUCUCAAAAGCGAGUAAAUUUAGUUUUUUUUCUGAAUGCGACAGUAGUUCAUAUUUUUGGUAUUGUUUUUUUCUCUCUUGUACAUUCUCUACCUCUUGUGACCCGUAUGUGAUAACGUGAUCCUAUUAGUUAUUUUGUUUUUUCAUUGUUUUGGUUUAAAUGUUGAUUUUUUUUGUUCGAAAUAGUGUUAUGUAUGGUGAUCUAUACCAAUGUUUCUUUAUAUGUAAAAUGUACAAUAUGGUCUUUUUUUCUCCUGUAAUGAUUCAAAUAUAUUGUUUUGUGAAGUGCCUUUCCAUUACAAUGCGUUUUUUUUUAUUUUACUUUUAAAAUCUGAAUUCCUAGCAAUGUCAAAUAUGCAUGUAAAGGUAAAUAUUAGAAGAAGUCGUGCUUUUCAAACACAUUUCGUCAGAUAGCAUCAGAUCUAUUCAUUUUCUUUUUAGAAUAUUUAAAAACAAAGUUUACAUUUUUUAUCAAAUUUUUUUGUUAACAAUUAUUUUGUAAAAGACCAUACCUAAGAAUAGUGCUUCAAAAAUGUUGGUGUUACGCACCCUAAAAUAUUAAAGGAAGUAGAAUAUUUAACAACUCCCCCCCCCCCUCAGACCAUCAUAGACAGAUGGAUUGCUUCGAUGGAUUUUUUUUGUAUCCCAUUCUAUACGUGUUACAAGAUUGUAGCUAGAUUUCUUCAAUGUGUUCUGCUGUAAAGAAGAAAGAAGCACGUAGAACCAAGAUCAUUCUAAAAUGAUCCCAUUGUGAACGGCAUGUGCGAAGACAUAUAACCGUUCGGCUCGAAUGCCUUUACGACCCAUUGUCUCCAGUAAAAGUUUUACUAAUAAGACAUUAUAUUCCUUCAUUAACAAGAGUUCUCCUAAUGUGUUUUAAGGUACAUUUGUCUGUGCUAUAAAAAAAAUGUAGCAUGAAUUUCAUCUUUACCUGCUUCAACAAAUUCUUAAUUGGGUGCUAAAUUUUGUUAAUUGAUAGUCCAGAUGUGAAGAUUUUGAAGAUUUUAGAAAGAAACUAUUCGGCAUCAUCUUAAGCCACCACGACCCCGACUUCAUAUUUAGGUCUUUAAUAUGUUUAACGAGGAACCUAAGCAGUGCGAUAAGCAUUUACUCUUUAACAAAUGUACAAUGCCUGAGGUUGGCAUGACACCAAGAGGACUUAGGUCUAACUUUAACUUUCAUCGCUAGUGAUGAAACCUCACAGAACAAUGUUUCAUAAUAUUGGCUCAGAUUAUGCAUUGACCUCUUGCUUGCUGUAAAUAGAACCAAAAAAAAAAAAUAUGUGUUGAAAUUUUAAUAAAAUUGAAGCAUUAUGUACACGAAAUCUGCGAACAUGGCGUCAUAGUGAUUUUUACAAAGCUUAUAUUAAUUAACUCACUCUGUCUGUCGGUAAAAGUGUAUACACGUUAUUUCUCCCACGCCCAUUCUCAGAUGAAGCUGAAACUUCGCACAAUUAUUCAUUGACAAGACAUGAAUCAAUAUAACAAAAAGUAACCCAUUAGACAAUUUAUUACUGGUAAUUAUUUAUUAUUUUGUUUAAUAGAAACAUGGGAAACUAAUACUUUCGUAUUUACAGCUAUGACUAAAUUUGUUGAAUUUAGUUCCCUUAAAUUAUUGUUACCGUUAUUUCUCCCUCACGCAUUCUCUGAUCAUGUUGAUCCUUUAAACAUUUAUUUAUUGUACCUAACAAAACAUGAAUCAAUAAACAAAAUACUAAAUUACAAUUAGUAAAUUGAUUAUCGUUAAUUAUUUUCUUUGAUAUCGAAUAAGGGAAAUAACUUGUACAUUAUUGAUAGAUGUAGUUUUAAGGAUGGAGUUCUUACCCUUUAGAUAACCUUUAUGUAAAAAAAAAAAGUUUUUUUUAUAUUUUGUUGUAUUAUAGCGAAUUAUUUCUAAAGGCCAACAUUCCCAAUUCAAGUUCGCAGUAACCAAUCGACACUUUUUUUGUUAAACUACCGGUACUAAGACUAGACUUUAAUCACCAUCACCUGUCUUAUGUUGUAGGGGUGCUGUGACAGUUCGCGUAACAAAUCUCUUCACUUUACUCGGUCAGAGGCCGGUCCAUUCUUUUACUUUGUCCAUUUCUUUGUGCUCACUCCACUGGACCUUGAGGGGUGAACUUUUGACAUUCUAUGUGUCCUCUCUUUUGUUUCUUUCUCUAAACAUCGCUGUAGGUAGUCCUGAUCUAGAUUAUCUCUCCUUGUAGACUUAAAUGUUCUCUUGGCUUAAACAUUAACUAAAUUGUAAAUACUAAACAAAAGUUUUAUUAUGAUAAUAAUAUUU